GCUGGAGCAGAGGACCAGAGAGGGUCUGGAGGAUUUGAAGGAGGUUUUGGAAACGUCUGGAGGCAGGAGGAGGUCCCGGCUUUCACAGAGGAGGCAGGACUUUCUGGCUCUGUGGUGCGCUCCGACACCACAGGUCCGCUUUAAUACCGGAGGAGGAGGAGGAGGAGAGGCCGGUCGGCUCUUCUGCACUGCUCAGAGGGACAGACAGAGAGGGAGACAGACUGCAGUCCGCUCCUCCGUCCCGGACUUUCUGCGUCGAGCAUCCAUGUGCCAAACGGGCCCCUGGAUUCGGAGCGCGCUUUGAGACGAGUCCACCGCUGGAGCAAACUCCACUUACUGACUUCUCUGCGGGGUGUCAGACUCACUCUGAAACUUCCCGGCGGCUGUUAUUCAGCUCAGUUCGUUUGUCUGAGCUCAGAUCACCUCGGACACUUUGGUUUGGACUCUUCUGACUGCCGGGCUGGAGCGGAGUCCAUGUUCAGCCCUCAGAAACACCCGCUGCUCUCCUCGGUGUCCUCGCGCCUGCAGGAUUUUGCCUGAUUUGAUCUUUAAGUGUCUUCAUUUCAUCCCCGGACUCCAGUUUUCCCCGCGUGUCAUGAGCAGCCCUGCUGUCUCCUGCCUGUCGGCGCGUCUUUGUCAUUUUAAUGUCGGUGUUUUCUCCGCGCGUCGGGCUGAGAGUCGCUUUGCAUUUCAGCGCAAACUGACAAACUGAGGAGCCUCCUGGCUGGAAUAAAAAACGACAGAUCUGCGAGAGAAACGCUGGACCUUUUAACUUAAUCCUGUUUUUCUUUGGAUUGCUUUUAUUCAACUGGCCCUCCGAUUUCACCAAAGUCCGAUAGGAGAAAAGCCGAGGAUGUUGCUCCGCCGCUUGAACCCUCCCUCCUGGUCCACCUGUAGGUUUCUCUUCUGCUUUUUGUUGCUGCUCCAAACGCCUCGGUCCUCCUCUCCACUAAUUACAGGUACGGAGGCCAGCUGUGAGAACGAAGGAGAAGUCCUCCACAUCCCCAACAUCACCGACAACCCCUGCAUCACCUGCGUCUGUCUGGAGGGGAAGGCAGACUGUAAACAGGAGAAAUGUCCGCUGGUCUCUGAGGACUGUGCCCUGGUGGUGAAACAGACCGGAGCCUGCUGUGAGAGGUGUAAAGGCUGCAUGUUGGACGGACGAUCUUACAACAGCUCAGUGUCCUGGACCAGCUCCACCAAACCCUGCGUUACCAGGCGCUGUCAGGAAGGUGUCAUCACUGAGGCGGAAGUUCAGUGUGUCGUCCACUGCAAGAACCCCAAAAUCCACCCGAAGAAAUGCUGCCCCACCUGCCCAGGCUGCAUCUUCGAGGGUCGUCUGUACAAAGAGAAGGAGGAGUUCAGUCCAGAGGGCAAACCCUGCAUCAAGUGCACCUGCACUGGAGGGCGGACUCUCUGCAUGAGGGAGGUGUGUCCUGUCCUGUCCUGCCCCGCCCACCUCAGCCACACCCCUCCUGGACAGUGCUGUCCCAGAUGUCUCGGUCAGAGGAAGGUGUUCGAUCUGUCUUUCGGAAGCUGUCUGUUCCACAGCGAGGUUUACGAGAACGGGACCUCCUUCAUACAUGACAACUGCACCACCUGCACCUGCAAGGAUUCCACGGUGGUGUGCAAGAGGCGGUGCUCUCGGCCAGGGAGUUGCCACGGCGACCAGUGCUGCGAAGAGUGUCUGUCCUACGUGAAGGUGGAGGAGGUGAAGUACUGCAGAGUCCGGAACAAGAUCUACAGGGAAGGAGACAUGUGGUCGUCAGUGAACUGCACCCUCUGUGCUUGCGUUAAGGGAAACAUCGAGUGUCGGCCCAAGCAGUGCGUACCAAUCACCAGCUGCCCCUCGAAUAAGAUCCUGAACAGGACCGGCUGUUGUCCAGUUUGCACUGAAAAGCCAGGUGUAUGUACAGUCUUCGGGGACCCUCAUUACAACACCUUCGAUGGCAGGACCUUUAACUUUCAGGGAACCUGUCAGUAUGUGCUAACUCGGGAUUGUGGCAGCGCCCUCGCUGGAGUGCCGGGGAACAUCAACAUCAACAACCCAGACUCCAGCUUCGUGGUGUUGGUGAAGAAUGAUGCCCGGCGGACUCGUUCCUUCUCCUGGACUCAGUCUGUUGAGAUUAGGCUGGGAGCUUUGAUCCUCAGUCUUCACCAACACCUGACAGUUCGGAGGAACGGCACCCGCAUCGCCCUGCCCUACCAUGGGCCCGGGGUGCACAUCGACCUGGACGGAUACCUGCUCAAACUCACCACCAUAGCAGGUCUGGAGAUCACAUGGGACGGCGACAGUUUCGUGGAGGUUGUGGCCGCUCCCCAUCUGCGUGGACGCCUCUGUGGCCUUUGUGGCAACUACAACGGCCACAAGCGCGACGACACCAUGGGAGGCGAUGGCCAGUUCAAGUUUGACGUUGACGAGUUUGCCGAGUCGUGGCGAGUCGACGGAAACGAGGUUUGCUCUCAGCAGCACCCCCCUCGCCGGCCAACAUCCUUCCUGUGCCCCGGCAGCGUCAAAGUCAAAUUCCGCGCACACCGGGAGUGCCAGAAGAUAAAGUCGUGGGAGUUUCAGAAGUGCCACCGUGUGGUUGACUUUGCAUCAUUCUACAGGUCGUGUGUGACAGACAUGUGUGAGUGUCCAGUCCAUAAGAACUGCUACUGCGAGUCCUUCAUCGCCUACAGCCGAGCCUGCGAGAGGGAGGGAGUACCUGUUCCCUGGAAGCCCGACACCGCCUGUAUGGCCACCCAGUGUAAACACGGCGCUGUGUAUGACACCUGCGGACCGGGCUGCACCAAAACCUGCGACAACUGGAACGAGAUCGGACCGUGCCACAAGCCCUGCGUGGCCGGCUGCCACUGCCCUGCCAACCUGGUGCUGUUUCAGGGACGCUGCAUCAAACCCAUAACCUGCCCCGGACGGUGACCCUUGUGACCCAGGUGGGAGAAGGGGAGGGGGAGGUUAGGGUCAUUUAAAGUAUCACAAUUAGGGGGCCAAAAAAAGCCGAGAAGAGUUCGGGAGGACACGACAGUCGACAGAUCAGAUGUGACGAGGUACUCAGGGUCCAUAUCUCCAGGAAGAUAAGGAAGUGUUGCAGUGGCAUUUGAGAUACAAGCUAUGGUGAUGGACGAAAGGGACGCUCAGUGGACAAGGAGGCUGAACCUCGCCAUCACAAACAGCCUCUUGUAGUACUAUGUACUGUCUUAGUACCAGUCACCACCACCGGAGGCGCUACUGACAGUCUUGUAGAGGAAGAACUGGCCUCCCAAGAGAAAACUCAGGGGCCCCAUUUUUCAGUUUUCACUGAAGAACAUUUGUCCACGCCGCCAUGGACCCUCAGGAAAGAAUUUGGGCCAGUGGACUCGUGACUGAGCCAACAUGGCGCCCAUCUCUCUCACAAACACUCUGAAGUGGGAAACUGAACGUCUGCAUUCAGAAUAAGAAAACGGUGAAAAGCGGCGAAACUCUGUGAUGCAUCAUGUCAGACUGCCCUCAUGAUCUCUGUUCCAUCAUUUCAUACUGUAAGCUAGCCAGAUUUAUAUGAAAGACAGACAGCCUUUAUAUUAUUAUUGUUCUAAUUAUUAUUAUUAUUAUUUGUUGUUGAUGUUGUUAAUUUAUAUAUCAGUCAAAUGACAUGAUGUAGCAAGAGCCAGAAUCAUGAAAAUAAUUGUGUUAUAGAUGAUUUAAAGGGAAACAAAAGCUAUUUAUGUAUUUGUUGUGUACUUUUGUGUUACUGUUUGAAGAGAAAUGCCCAAAUGUGAUUCAGUUGUUGCACCAUCGCAGGGAAAAAGUACUGUAUUGUGUUGUGCUCCGUGUACAGGUUGUUGUGGUUCGUAUCAAACUGAAGGUGUUCAUCUACGCAUACGUUUCACUUGAUGAGAAUUAUUUAAGAACAGCAAUAUAAUCUUUUAUGGAAGUUCA